AAGAAGCACCCAAAACUAUACAAAUGCUUUGCUUUAGCACGAUAAAAACCUCACAAGAAAUAUUUCUAGCCACAAAUUUCUGUGGAGAAAUCCUCACAACUUUCUCUCAGUGCAUCUGCAGGUAGCUCACGUUUGAUAAUGUCGACACCCUACGAACGAGUUAAGGGAGGAAAGCUCACAUUCAAGGGCGGUUUAGGCCCAGAGAAGGCCAUAAAAAAGGCCAAAAAGCACAAGAAAAAGGUUGCGGCCGAAGUAGAAGGAGAUAGUGUUCCAGCAGUAGAAAAGCAAGAAAAUAACAACACUAGCAAUACUAAUCCUGUGUCCACAAUCGAUCCAACCUCGCGCAAGAAUUACGAAGAGCUUUUCCCUGUGGAGGCAAAAAAAUUUGGGUUUGCUGGAGUGGCCAAUCCGAAGAAAGCAGAAGAGGCGUUGAACGAAAGAGUGAAGAAGAAAGCAGAUCGGUACUGUAAAUGAUAUGAUUACCCUACUUUGUGGGCUUUUCUUAGGUUUUUUGUGAAGUAGAGGUUUGAUGGAAAUUGAAGGUUUGAAUUCGGAAAGAAAUCUGAAGGAAAACCUGUUUUUUUUUUAUGGCUGAUUUAAUGCUUAUUUCAGUGUCUCUGUAGUAUUACAUGUAAAUCUAUCCUUUUCCUCUUUAUGAUAUCUAUCACAAUUUCAAAGCUU